GUCGCGUCAGAGGUUCAGUUAUUGAUUAUGGACUCGUUCUUACUUUUUUUCUUGUCGUCGUUCGUCGCGGAGUCAUCUGGAGGUGGAUGUAUCUCUUCUUUCUGAGUUUCUGUUGGGGACUCAGCACUAUCAGACAUCUUUUUGCCUGGAGGAAGGUGGGGUUUGACUUCGGAGUUAUACUUGUGUGUCCUUUUAAUGCGAGGUCUCUGUUCUACUCUUUUCACUUGCGAGUAAAAGUCUCUUUUUAGUAUCAGCCCUGCAUACAUUUGGGACAACAAAACAACACAAUGGCAAAAAUCGGCAGACUCUCCUCCAAGGAUUCUGUGCUCUUCCUGUGUGACAUGCAGGAGAAGUUCAGACCCAACAUCUUCCAGUUCACUAACAUUGUCAGUAACGCUGCAAGACUGCUCCAGGCCAGUCGCAUCCUUGGUAUCCCCCCUAUUGUGACAGAACAGUACCCUAAAGGCCUGGGACCCACCGUACCUGAGCUUGGAGCUGCAGACCUGACAGCUCACGCUAAAACAUCCUUCACCAUGAUGAUCGAGCAAGUGGAGAAGGAGCUGGAAGCCCUGGGGAACCCUAAACAAGCGAUUCUGUGUGGAAUUGAGGCGCACGCCUGCAUUGCUUGUACUACUUUUGAUCUGCUUGAAAAGGGAAUGGAGGUCCACAUUGUGGCUGAUGCUGUUUCGUCCAGGAGCCAGACGGACCGCUUGUUUGCUCUGUCAAGACUGAAGCAGAGCGGAGCUUUCCUCACCACAACAGAGGCCGUCCUCCUGCAGCUGGUCCAGGACGCCAAACACCCCAACUUCAAGGAGAUCCAAAAGCUCAUGUUUCAACCGUCACCUGACACUGGCCUCCUCGCCUUCUUCAGCGCUCUGUAGAGAUGCACACUUCCACUGUAAAGAACAUCAUUAAAAAAUUGUAAAUAGAAAUAAAGCAAAGUUGCUGCUUUAAAAAAAAA